AUGGUCUAGAUAUCAAGCCGGAAAAAAUAGGGCAAAAAAAAAAAAGCCGGAAGAACACAAGCGCCUUCUCUCUUCCAAGCUAUACUCUUCGAAAAACCUUCAAAACCUUCGAAAAACCUUCGAAAAACCUUUGAUUUCUUCUGCGAAAUCUUCCUCUUCUAUUGAAUUAAGGUAUGCAAAUUAGAAAUUUACCAUUUUAUAGUUUUUAUUUUUCGAUUUGUUUUGAUUCAUUUUUUAGUUUUCGUUUUCUUCUGCGAAAAUUUCCUCUUCUCUUGAUUACUUAGUCUGUCAAAAAUCUUUACUUGUUUUCGUUUUCUUAUGUGUACCUUUUACAAAUUCAGAUUUGUUUUGAUUGAUUUCUUAGUUUUUCAUUUUCGUUUUCGAUUUAGUAUCUUCAAAACUGAGAGUCAGAUUUUCAUUUUCGUUUUUCUUUGUUGAUUUUGAUUUACAGACUCAGAUCUUGAUGUGAAUCUUCUUGUUGAUUUUGAUUAACAGACUCAGAUUGAGAUACUAUGGAAGAUUUACAAAAAGUGCUAAAUGUGGAAGAUUCACCAAAAACUUCCAACAAUGAAAAAGAAUUGUCAGAAGGGACUCAAACUCCAAGAACUAUUACACAAGUUACCCCAAAUGGUUCAACCCUGUGGAUUCCUCAUUGUGAGUUUGAUAAAAAGCCAUUUGUUGGUAUGGCUUUUGAAAACUUAGAGAAAGCCUUAGAUUUUUAUGGUAAAUAUGCUGAAAUUUGCGGUUUUGAUAUACGUUCAUCUACUACCUACAAAAAAAAGGGUAUUGUUUUUUUAAAAUAUUUUGUUUGUAGUAGGGAGGGUAUCAUAAAACCUAACCCUAAGAAAAGUGCAGAUGUUGUUGCACGUUAUAAGAGAUCAACCAAAAGAAUUGGUUGUAAAGCUAGAUUGAUUUUGAAAUAUGACAUAGCGAAGAGAACAUACCAUGUUUUAAAAUUCGAAGAGGCGCACAAUCAUUGUCUAGUUAGCCCUACAUCGCGUCAAUUUUUAUUGGGUAAUAGGAAAAUGACUUUGUUGCACAAAAAUUUCAUAUCUAAGAAUGCACGGGUUAAUAUAGGACCGGUCAAAUCCUUUAGAUUGUUUAAGGAAAAUGUCGGGAGUUAUGAGAAUGUGGGAGUGACAAUGCAAGAUUUUAAGAAUUUCCAUAGGGAUUUGAAAGCAUAUAUCAAAGGAGAUGAUGGGAAGAUGUUGAUCGAGAAUUUUAUCAGAAAAAGAGAUAUUUACACGGGGUUUUAUUUUGAUUAUGCUUUAGAUGAGGAGGACCACAUAUCACGUUUAUUUUGGGCCGAUGCGAUAAGUAGAAAGAAUUAUUGUUUAUUUGGAGAAAUGGUUACUUUUGAUUGUACUUAUAACACCAAUAAGUAUAGCAUGGUUUUAGCCCCUUUUACCGGAGUAGAUCAUCAUAAGUCUUGUAUUACAUUUGGUAUAGGUUUAUUAGCUAAGGAAGAUAGUGAAUCUUUUGAGUGGUUAUUUAGAACUUUUUUACAUUGUAUGGGGGAGUGUAUGCCAACAUAUUUGAUAACUGAUCAAGACCCUGCAAUGAAAAUUGCGAUUAAAAAUGUAUUUCCACACACAAUACACAAACUUUGCAUGUGGCACAUCAUGAGUAAAGUGACUGAUAAAGUUGGACCGGAAUUGAACAAAAAUGAAGAUUUUUUGAAAGAAUUAAAUGGGUGUGUGUGGAAUAUUGAUCAAGAAGAAGAUGAAUUUGAAGAAAAAUGGGAGGGAAUUAUGACCAAAUACAAUCUUCAAACAGAUAAAUGGUUUACUAGUAUAUUUAGUAUACGAGAUCAAUGGAUACCCGCAUAUUUUAGGGAUAUCCCAUUGGGGGGGAUUUUGAGAACUACAUCCCGAUCGGAAAGUGUUAAUAGUUUCUUCAACCACUUUUCAAACCCUCACAUGACACUUGUUGAAUUUUAUAUGAGUUAUGAAAGUGCAAUGGAUGCACAGAGGUACAAACAAGAUAAGCUCAAUGCUGAAUCACUUCACACAAACCCACAAUAUAAAACACCAUUGCCGAUUGAAAAACAUGCCGGUGAAGUCUAUACUAGAAAAAUUUUUUUUCUUUUUCAAAAUGAAGUUUAUAAGUCUUGUUUCAAAACUUAUAUUCAAAGUAUUGAAAAGAAUGAAAGUGUGGAAAGUAUAACUGUUUUGGACUCAACGGUAAGUAAGAUGUACAAGGUGAAUUUUAUACUGGGAAGUUCGAUUGACGAGUUGAAGGUAGAUUGUGAUUGCAAGUUAUUUAAACGGAUAGGAAUAUUAUGUUCCCAUGCGAUUUGUGUUAUGAGUGCAAGACAAAUAACACAAAUACCAAAGCAAUAUGUUUUAGAUCGUUGGACGAAGCUAGCAUUAAAGAAGCCUAUUUUUGAUUUGCAUGGGAAUCUGAUUGAAGAGAGCAAAAAGUGUAACAACGUGGGGAAGUUGUUGGGGGAAGUUUGGUGUGAAAUAUUCAAUUGUGUAGGUUUAGCUCAACGGAGUGAGAGUGAUUUACAAUCACUUUUACAAAACCUAAAAGAUAUUAGUAGAAAAUUGGAGGAAAGUGAUGAUGUGAGGGUGGACAUUACUAAAGAGCAACAAAUCGAAUUGUUAGUAGGCACAAGUUCAUCUUCGACAAUGGAAAUACAAAACCCAAUCCAAUCAAAGAACAAAGGAAAAAGGCAAAGAAUAAUUGGGGAAAAGGAACAAACUAUUGAGCAAAGCAAGAAGCCCAAAAGAAAGUGCAAAACUUGUGGUAAAUUUGAUUAUCAUGAUAGUCGAAAUUGCCCAUCAACAAAAGAUACCCCACUUAAGCUACUGUCUUCUGUACAUUUGACUGGUUAUGCACACGGAUGUUCUGCUGGAUUCAUAGCAUCCUCCUUACUAGUGGAUGCACAAGGUUUAGGAACAUCAGCUGUUACUGCAAUUUUAGGAUUCCUACAUGCUGCUAAAUUUGCCCAUUAA